CGCCGGAGGAAGCGCGGCGGGCAGGCCCCGUGCGCCUCAGCCGGGCGCGGGCGGACCGGGAGGCAGGCGGCAGCGGCGCCGAGGCCGCGGGACGGGCCCCGGGUGGGGAGGAGGGGGACGCGAGGAGGCCGCGCCGAGGCCAGGCGGCGAUCUCGGGGGCCCCGGGGCCCGCGCCGCGCGGCACAGCCCCGACAUGGCCUGCGGAGGGGGCGCGGCCUUCGAGGAGCUGCCGCACGACGGCACGUGUGACGAGUGCGAGCCCGACGAGGCCCCGGGGGCCGAGGAGGUGUGCGGGGAAUGCGGCUUCUGCUACUGCCGCCGCCACGCCGAGGCGCACGGGCGGAAGUUCCCCCGGCACCACCUGGCCGAGUACAUCCACGGCGCCGCCUCGGCCUGGACCCCGGGAGCCCGGCGGGAUGGGGCGGGGGAGAAGGCAGUCGAGGCCCAGGCGGAGGACGCGAAGGCCCUAGAGAGCGAGGCGGGGGAGGAGAGCGAGUCCGAGGAAGACAGCGAGUCCGAGGAGGAGAGCGAGACGGAGGAAGAGAGCGAGGACGAGAGCGAGGAGGGCAGUGAGGAAGAAAUGGAGGACGAGCAGGAGAGCGAAGCGGAGGAGGACAACCAGGAGGAAGGGGAGUCGGAGGCGGAGGGAGAGACGGAGGCAGAGAGCGAAUUUGACCCAGAAAUAGAAAUGGAAGCGGAGAGAGUGGCCAAGAGAAAGUGUCCGGACCACGGGCUCGAUCUGAGUACCUACUGCCAGGAAGAUAAGCAGCUCAUCUGUGUCCUGUGCCCCGUCAUCGGGGCUCACCAGGGCCACCAGCUCUCCACGCUAGACGAAGCCUUCGAAGAACUGAGAAGCAAAGACUCAGGCGGACUGAAGGCGGCUAUGAUAGAGUUGGUGGAAAGACUGAAGUUCAAGAGCUCAGACCCUAAAGUAACCCGGGACCAGAUGAAGGUGUUCAUACAGCAGGAAUUUAAGAAAGUUCAAAAAGUGAUUGCUGAUGAGGAGCAGAAAGCCCUUCAUUUAGUGGACAUCCAGGAAGCAAUGGCCACGGCUCAUGUGACUGAGAUACUGGCAGACAUCCAGUCCCAUAUGGAUCGAUUGAUGACUCAGAUGGCCCAGGCCAAGGAGCAACUUGAUACCUCUAAUGAAUCAGCUGAGCCAAAGGCAGAGCAAAAAUUCCUGGACAAGGUACGAAGUCACCUACCAGUAGACUCUCAAAAAUGGAGGAAAGAUAGCAGACUGACCAGGGACCUUGGGAUUUGAGGAGUCACACAGCAGGCGACGAGGAAGGACCCAGCGGUGCCAGUGAAGAAGAAGACACAUGAAGGCCUGCCAUCCGCAGUGGAAAAUCAUCCCUUCCCCUUGUGUGUAUGUGACGGCAUGUAUGUGACGGCUUCUGAUUCCUGUGAAAGCUGCCCAGCAACAAACGUGCUUCCACCAGAUGCGUCCCCAGGUCCGCAGCAGGCACAUCGCUCUCCAAGGAAGGACCAGUGUUACUGUUACUGACUGUACUUCUCAUUCUCUUGUCAUGGUAGGUCAAGGGAAGGUGCCCCUUUGAUCGACCAGGAGCAAUGAAAGGGUCCUUCGGGUGAUCCCCCGAUGGCUGCUUUGAACUUACUCAGGAAAGCCAGCCCCUGUAAUGCUGUGUACCCAAACAGUGUCACUUCGCUAAGAGGGAUCUGGAGGAGUCUUGAAGGGCAGUCGGAAUUUGUUUCCCUACCUGCUAAUAAGACCCCACUUUAUUCAUGUUGAAGCAUGGAAUAAAUGAGGGAAAAGUAGGGCCGAAUCAACCCCCGUAAUUAGUCUCUAAAAGUCCAUUUAAUACAUCUGUGAAAACGUGGUUUCAUAAAAUAAGAUGGAUGGCUUGAAAACAGAGAAAGAGUUAAAAGUUAGAAAUAUAUAGAGAUAUUUUUAGUACAUGAGGUUAUCCAGGACUUCAGAUUCAUAAUUCAGUGCUGUGGAAAUGAGAAAAAAAAAAAAAAGAAGAAGAUUGAAGAGGUAGAAAGGAAAUGACUUUAAAAAAAGGGGGGGGGUGGGAACCAAAGCGAUCUGAUUAAAAGUUGAAAUCGAAAUCAAUAUUUCUGAACUCAAAUUGCCUGAGUUUCCAAAACGGUCACUAAAGAAUCUGAUGGAACCUGAAUGAUCUGAGUAGAUUCUGAGGUUUUAUGGGUCUUGUCACAACAUGAAAGUCUGGAUGGAAUGUGUAUUACAAACGGGAAUUUGCAGUGUAGGUUUUGCCUCCCUUCCCGCAGCUUAGCCUGAUUUGGCUUAAAUGCAGUGUGGGGAGACGUCUUGGCCCUCUGUGGGGUGCGGAAUGGAGCUCCUCUCCCGGUGGGUACACCUUCCUCUUACUCCAGCGGGGACCCCUCUUCCCUGGGCACUCCCCACUUCUAGGUCAUCUCCCACACCCUGGCUCUCUCCUCCUAGGUAACGUGAGCAGAGACCCACCAUGGUUGGACGCUGGCCUUUCCUAACUCCCAAAUCUCAUUUCCCUUACAACCAAGUAAGCAGUGAUGUACUAGGGAAUACAAAACUGCAAACUAAAAAACAUGCGUCUUCUGAAACAGCAGUUUUACUUAACAAAUGGUUUGGAGUCAGGGAAUGAUGUUAUUUUUAGAUAAAACAAACACAGUUAUAGUAUGAAAUAGAAUGUUUGUAUACAUAAACAGCAAAGAUAAAAUGGAAGACUUCACAGAGAAUUUUUAUUUGCAAGUGGGGUAUGCGUUCCCUCUCCUCUGCUUUUAGUGGUGUUUUGGUGUUCACUUCUGAGAAGUACAAUUGGAGCUACAUCCAAGCAGCCUUAGGGUUCCUGCUGACUCAGGACCUAGACUUCUAGUGCCUCUGAGGCAGAACCAAAGGAGCCUGCACUGGGGGAAAUUCCUCUUUUCCUGUCUGCCUGCCUGCCUGCCUGCCUGCUGUAACCUGUGUACCUAUCACAGAGCUUUAGGGUCAGCUGGUGUGUGUGUGUGCAGGCCGGUUUUGAGGGAGAAACAAUGCUUAUUUACUGUAGGAAUCCUAUUUAUAUCAUUGUUCAGUCCUGUGCAUGCUAUGAAAUGAUUCUUGCCUCGAGGCCAGGAAGCUACCAGGCAUAUAUGCUUCAGGGUUAAGAUUACCCUAGCUCACUAAAUAUGUAAGGACAUUGGGGCUGAGAGUAGUUUGGGCUGUUUUUUUGUUUGUUUGUUUGUUUUAAGUAUUUUUCUCUCGAACUGGUGGCCAACAAAUAGCUAAGACAUUUUCGGUGCUUUACCUUUGUGCCCGCAAAGACUGGAGACUUUGGCAUACCGCUAAUUACGUCCCCCAGCCACACCCAAUGAAACUACCGCUAAAGGAGGACCCGUCACCAUUCUUAAAAGAGUUUAAAAAUCAGAAAAUUAAGAAGACCUUAGGAUUUGGAAGCUUGUGUUGUCUUUCCCCGAUAAUUAUUGUUUAAUCUCCAAGUAGUAGCCUUAUCUUAGCAAUGGACAGAUCAUUGGCUCCUCCAUUCCUGCCCAUAUAUUAUUACUUUAAAUCAAUAUUUGGGAAACCCAGGCAUUUAUGCAGUGGAUAUGAAUGGAAAUAGAAAAAUACAUGCCAGCCUGUCUCCAUAAAUUAUCCUAUCUCUGUAAUCCUCAAGGAAAGCACUUUUGCUUUUACUUAGAAAGGAUUUCAGAUUUGUUUUAUGGGCUCCUGCUGUCUUCAGCACCUGAUAAAACUUUAACCAGGGAAGCAUUGAACACAGCACAGCAGCUUCUGCCCAGGCUCCGGAGUUCCUGCCGGCAGCAUUUAUCCUUUUAAGAACUGGGGUGCUCCCCGCAGUGGCACCGGCUUCCCCAGAGCUGAAGCAUGCCACCCGGCCUUAGGCCCCAGCAUGAGGAGGCUUCCCUCCUCCCACAUCAGUAAGAGUUGCUCAGAAUUGUGUCCUGACCGCCGUAGGGUCCGCAGAAACCCCUAGGGAGAAGUCAUCAGGGAGGCAGGUAAUGAGUGUCUCCAGAAUGAAUUGGGUCCUCACAGCAAUCCCUGGCUCCCUUCUGAAGGCUGGGUAUCUGGAAGCUAAGAGGGGGGUUGUCCUUGGAUUUGAUGUCAUUAAAUCCAGGGCCAUUCCAAGAAUUGCUUGGCGUCUCUGCUCUGACAGCCCAGAAAGAGAAAUGAUUUAAAAUAUUGAGGACCAAAUAUGAGAACCCUGAACUAGAGCCCCAUUUCUCAGAUGAUAAUACAGAUUUGGAGGGCAAGAGUCACUUGCCUUGAGUUGCACAGCUGGGAAGUAUUGGAGCCAGGUUUUGUUCCUGGCUCUUCCUAACUCUGUGUAUGCCUAAAACAUAAAGAAAGAAAAAGGCCGCAGGUUCCGCCACUACAGUCUGACCAUUCCACUGCGGAGUCUUUUUCAGAAUCACAUUUCAUGGCUGUAGUUUGCACUCAGAAAUGGCAUCAAGGUAGCCGUAUUCUUCUACUUUAGCAGAUGCAUUAAGUACACAUUGCUAACUUGAGCCUGCCCCCAGGAGUUGGAGGAGGCCUUUCCUUUUUGGUGCCAUCCCCCAUAAAUAAAGUGUUUUUAGGCCUUCAGGAGCAUGGAACUUCUCAGAAAUAGUAGAAGUGAGGAGUGUUCUGCUCUCUAACUUUAUUUGAAAAUGUCUGCUGCUGCACUGCUGCAGAAAAAGAAAUCUGUGUAUUUUAGAAAACCUCGCCAGUCUGUGUUCUGUGAGGAUGUGAGGAUGUGAGGAUUCAGUCCAGUGAAUAUAUAGACUUUCCUGCUAAUACCUGAUGUAUAUACGUACACACAUGCGCGCACGUGCAAUUCAGUAACUACGGGAAAUUCAAAGCAGCCCCCUCAUUGUCUUGCAUACCGCUGCGGAGGUCUCUGCCAGCCCUGAUGACAAGUGUCACCAGAUCAUUGGAGCUUAGGUGCUUGCUUACAAGAUGCUUACAAGAAGAGCAACUCCUUAGCAAAGGUGGUCAGCUCCUAAAGCAUUGAGCCAAGGUGACAGCCCUGAAGGAAAUUGCACUCCAGCCCUACUCCAAGAUGUCUAAUGAUAUGGGAAAUUUGGAUACCCAGCCAUUUUGGUGACGUGAGAGUCUGUCCACUCCAGUCAGGCCUGAGGGCACGGCUACAGAAUUCAUGACUGGUAGGAGUGGCGGGGCUUAGGAAGUCCUCUCCUCCACCUAUAAAAUAUUCUCUUGCCAAUACCUGAAAUUCCACCUACAUGUAAUAGCUGUUCGACACAUGGUUUUCGAUAAGAAAAUCAGUUGCAUGUAUACUGUGUGCCUAGCACAUCUGGAACUUUCUGUUUAAAAAACAAAUCUGUGUCA